CAUAUUCGGUUCGCCUUCUUCCGUCGUUAGGGUUCUUCGGCGGCCGCUACGGUUUCUUCGGCUUCCCGGCGACCGAAGUGAUGGCUCCUCCACAGCCGAACACCGGUCUCUUUGUGGGACUGAACAAAGGUCAUAUUGUCACCAAGCGAGAGUUGCCUCCUCGCCCUUCGAACAGAAAAGGGAAGACAAGCAAAAGAGUGCAUUUUGUUCGAAAUAUAAUCAGGGAGGUUGCUGGAUUUGCUCCUUAUGAGAAGAGGAUUACUGAGUUGCUUAAAGUUGGAAAGGACAAGCGUGCACUAAAAGUGGCAAAGCGAAAAUUGGGUACGCACAAACGGGCCAAGAAGAAGCGUGAGGAGAUGGCUAAUGUCCUUAGGAAAAUGAGGUCUGCUGGAGUGAGUGACAAGAAGAAGUAAUGCAGUUCAUAGCUUCGUUGUCGUAGCAGGAGAAGAUGUGCCAAUAAUUAGACUCCGUAGGGUGACUUCUCUAGCUUCUUGUUCCUGUGUUCUUGUAGCUGAGUGCCUGACUAUUGAGGAUAUAUAUGAAUUCAAGAUCUCAUGUAGGAUCUUUUAUUUUGAUGUGGUCCAGAUAUAUCUGUUUGAUUAAAAAUUAGCUACAUUCGGAUGGCUGUUUCA